UUCCCCAAUGUAAGGUUGACAUCUGCAAUGGCCGGAAUUGGAUUUUAUCGAAAAAACAACCGCCCUCUCAUCCACUUUCGUUUCAAUGCUCUGGACGGCCAGCCGGCGUUUCUAAUGAGUACAAAGCUUGAGAAAGCUGCAGAUUAAACAUGAACCCCAAAAAGCGAUUCAAGUUUCAGAAAUACCCACAUGUUGCUAUUUGUUUUUCCUGUCCUGUUAAUAUGUAUCUUUAGGCCUAAAACCAGAGAAACUAAAGAUGUGUUCGCCAGCUUCAGCGGCGACACCCGUUCUGGCUUUACGAGCCAUCUUGAAGAAUCUUUUACCAGGAACGAUAUCACAGCCUUCUUAGACGACCAAAUUGAGAAAGGUGCUGAUACGUCUCCUACACUUUUACGAGAAAUCAAGAGGUCCAAGAUCUCAGUCAUCAUUUUCUUUCAAGACUACGCCACUUCAGAGUGAUGCUUAGAAGAACUGGUAAAUAUAAUGGAGCCCAAGAGAAAAAGAAAACAGAUUGUGAUACCCAUUUUCUAUAGGGUGAGGCCCAGAGAGGUGCGAGAGCAAUCUGGGAUUUACGAAGCUGCUUUUGAAGAACAUGAACGAUGUUAUCGGCGUCGGAGAGUGCAAAGGUGGCGGAAUGCCAUGACAGAAGCAGCCAAAGUCUCUGGCUGGGAUAGCUCCGCUUACGGGAGGGAGUCAGAGCUUGAAAAGGAUAUAGCAAAUGGUGUGGAGACAAAACUUGAAUCAAUUAGCCCACGUAGCGGGAGAGAGAGCAGCCAAAUCGCAACACUAGAAUAGGCUGCGUGUGUGCGUGGGUGCAUAGCUUCAGUCUCAGGAUCAUUUUGACAAGCUUCAUUGCACCCAAACCGAAAAUUAUAGUUUCUAAAACUUACUCUUCAAUUCAAAUGAAGCUAUAUCUUUGUACCAUAAGGAACAUUCUCAACCUUACGCUGAAACUUGAAAAAGCUGUAUAAGUAAAAAUUUCAGCCCAUGUCAAUUUUUGUACAGUAACUCAUGUCAAUUUUGGC